UUGUAGCUUUACUUUUGUAAAGAAGAAUGACCGGUGGUGUACCAUGAAUUAGUGAUAAGCCAAAAGAUAUGCUCACUGCUUUCUAUCAAAGAACAAUGUUGUAAUCUCUAUAAUUAUUUCACGCUUUAACAAAAAAAUAAUAAGAGUUUGUGAAGAAACGAAAGACAAGAUUUAAUUAAUGUUUUUAUUGUUUUUUAGUUUUUCAUGGAUUUACUCUAAACCAACAUUGUAAUCCCAAUGGGGAUGAUAACCUUAUCUAGCAAUGCGCUUGCGUAUGUACUCACUUCAAAUUCUCAAUUAGCAAUGCUCCUCUCUCUCUAUGUAUAUAUAUAUAUGCACAUGUUUUUUUUUUGUAUAAAUAUAGAUGAAUGUGUCAUAAAGAAGACAAGAAAACAUGAAAACUCUACAGGUUUUGUGUAGGCUAAUCUUUCUGAUAUGUUUAUUAAGAGAAAGUAAAGCGGAUGAAACACAAAGUAAUGGAGUUUAUAUUGUAUAUAUGGGUUCUGCGGCCAACUCGAGGAACAACCAUAAUCUACUUCUAACUUCCCUAGUAGAAAGGAAAAGGAAUGCAGUUGUGCAUAACUACCAAAACAGUUUCUUGGGAUUUGCGGCCCGUUUAACGAAAGAAGAGGCAAAUGAUAUCGCACGACAACCCGGGGUAGUAUCAGUUUUCCCAGACCCACUCUUGAAGCUUCACACAACACGUUCAUGGGAUUUCCUGCAAUACCAAACAAGUGUCGAAACCAACUUAAGACCAAGUGAUAAAUACAACUAUUCAAGUUCAAAUGCAGCUUCAGAUAUCAUCAUAGGCAUUAUGGACACAGGCAUUUGGCCGGAAUCCGAGAGCUUCAGUGAUGAGGGUUUUGGUCCUAUUCCAUCAAAAUGGAAAGGAACUUGCAUGCAAACCGAUGAUUUCACAGCUGCAAACUGUAAUAGGAAACUAAUUGGAGCGCGGUAUUACAAAGCUGGAGGUGCUUUUAACUCUCCAAGGGACGAUCAUGGGCACGGGACUCACGUUGCUUCAACAGCUGCGGGCAACACCAUACAUAAAGCAUCUUAUUACGGGCUUGCUAUGGGCUCAGCCAAGGGCGGUUUUCCUGGUUCGAGAAUUGCAUCCUAUCGGGUUUGUGGAGUUAUAGGCUGUCAAGGAUCAAACAUAUUGGCUGCUUUUGAUGAUGCUAUAGAAGAUGGUGUGGAUGUAUUAUCAUUAUCUCUUGGUGCAUCAGCCGCAGAUGGACCGAACUUUCACAGAGAUCCUGUUGCCAUUGGAGCCUUUCAUGCAACUGAAAAAGGGAUCACAGUGGUUUGUUCGGCAGGAAACGAUGGCCCGAGUACGGGGUCUGUUGUCAAUGUUGCUCCCUGGAUCCUAACCGUUGCAGCUAGUUCAAUUGACCGCGAUUUUCAGGCUGAUAUCACACUGGGUGACCAAACAGUAAUACAGGGUGGAGGCAUAAACUUCGGUGAGUUACAAACAUCUCCAGUAUACCCGUUGCUUUAUGGGAACACAGCCAAAAGAAACUCUAGCAAAGAAAUUGAUGCGAGAAACUGCAAACCGCGCUCGUUAGAUAAAGACAAAGUUAAAGGAAGCAUUGUUGUUUGUGAGAAUGAAGUUGGAGUAUCAUCAGCCAAACAAAAGCUAGCACGCGUUAAAAAACUUGGUGCAGUUGGGAUGGUUUUUGUUAGUGAUGAUGCAAGAGCAGUGGCUUCCUCCUACGGAUCAUUUCCAGUGGCUACGGUUAAUCAAACUGAUGGGAAAAAGAUUAUAUCGUAUGCUAAAAACGAAAGGAAUCCUAUGGCAACUAUUUCGCCAACUGUAUCAGUUACACAACAUAAGCCAGCCCCUAUAGUUCCCUACUUCUCAGCUAGAGGCCCUUCAUUUGCUACUAAAGACAUACUCAAGCCUGAUGUUGCAGCACCAGGGGUGGCCAUUCUUGCUUCAUGGCCAGGCAAUGAUUCCGUAGUCAAACUCGCUGGAAAGAACCCUCCACUUUUCUUCAUACUUUCAGGAACUUCCAUGUCCUGCCCACAUGUUUCCGGCCUCGCUGCCAUGAUCAAAUCUCAACAUCCCAACUGGAGUCCAUCUGCUAUCAGAUCAGCCAUAAUGACAACAGCAAGUCAAACAAACAACAUGAAGAACCCAAUAACAACAAACUCCGGUUCACUCGCCACACCAUACGACUUGGGCGCCGGGGAAGUAUCACUAAACCCCUUACACCCAGGCCUCGUCUACGAAACCGACACACAUAACUACCUACACUUCCUAUGCAACAUAGGCUACAACAUUACUACAAUCAAAAAAAUCUCCUCAACAAUCCCCACCAACUUCACAUGCCACACAAACUCCUCAAUUUCCAACAUGAACUAUCCAUCAAUAGCCAUUUCAAAGUUCAAUGGGACAGAGAUAAUAAUAAAACGAACGGUGACAAAUGUUGGAACUGUUGAUGGGAUCUAUACAGCUUCAGUUGAAGCACCAAAUGGGUUGGAGGUGAAUGUGGUACCGAAUAUGUUGGAGUUCACUGAAAGUAAGAAACAGUUGAGUUAUCAGGUGAUUUUUAGAGCUGAUGGUGGGUUUGAUGAGGAUAAGUUUGGGUCGAUUAUAUGGUCGAAUGAUGAGUAUAGAGUGAGGAGCCCGUUUGUUGUGAGCAGCAGGUGAUACGUAUUUGUGUAGUAGAAAAUAUUUGAUUUAUAUGUUGUAAUAAACAUAAAGUUAUCACUUCACUCAAUGUAUUGAUC